AUGAUCAAUGCUGCCAGGCUAGAAAAGAGGAGCGGGGAGGCAUUUCAGCCUUCCCACCAGUACGAGAUCAACUUCAAGGCUCGCCAGACCUCCUCGUUCAGGUUGCCUGAGCACACCUGCCAAUUCAUAGACAUUGGCCGGCUUCUGAACGUCGAUGACAUGAAGGAGCUGAAACAGCUUGAGAGUGCGAGCGAUGAAUUGGGAGAAGAGGUUUGGAAGUUCCUCAAGGGCAAGAAAUUGCAAACUACAGAAUUGUGCUCGCGGCACAAGCAAAGGUACGAUGUCUUCAUCCUUGAGAAGUACUUCAGCGUGGUUGAUGACCCCGAAGCGGUCUACUUGGAAUUGUCAACAAUGCUUCAAGACAAAAUAUCCCCAGUGAAGAUGGAGCAUAUUGCUUGGGUCACUGAGGAGCGGGAUCUCUUGGAAGAGAUCUCUGAAAGCGCCAACAAGAAUGCUGCAGCACCAACGGGCAAAGUGACAGCUGAGCACUUGAAAGAUUGGUUGCAGUUCCUGAGUGCUACUGAGUUGCAAAACUAUGAGGCCUACCUUGAGAAGUUGGGUUUGGGAAGCACUCCGAGGGAAGAACGUCCUCUACGAGCAGUGGCCGUGGGGCAAAAUCCUGACAAACUAUUUAUGGCUGGUUCGGAGAAGUCACUCCCAGCCUUUGUUGGGGUUCAGGCUGCUCUCUGGAUUCGCGAUGCCCAGAAGGAGCUAGAAGGGGCCUCGAGGAAAGUCUUGCAGAGCCAUUUGCAGGCUGCAGGCGUCAAAGUUCCCAGGACCAAGGAUGAUAUGGCAACUGCGCUGAUCCGUUUCCGCUACAAAGCCAAAGAUUUUGGCUGCAUCUGCUGCCAGGAG